GACGGAAAACCAGGCUCUCGGCAGAGGCGGCCGCCGGCUGCAGCAGCCCUCCGAAAUGUCCCGCUCCUUCUACGUCGACUCCUUAAUCAUCAAGGACUCCUCGAGGCCGGCUCCGUCCCUGCCGGAGCAUCACCACGGCCAGGACUUCUUCAUCCCUCUCGGCGUGCCGUCCCCCCUCGUCAUGUCCGUCUCGGGCCCGGGCUGCGCGGCCCGCAAGAGCGGCGCUUUCUGCGUCUGCCCGCUCUGUGUCACCUCGCACCUGCACUCUUCCCGCGGCGGCGGCGCCGGCGGCGGCGGCGCCCUCCCCCUCCUCAAGGGCCAGUUCCCCGGCGGCGGCGGCGGCGAGGCCCAGUGCUGCCCGCGGGCGGCCCACGCGCACCCGCCGCCGCCGCACCCGCCGCCCGCCGCCGCCCUGCCCGCCGCCGCCGCCCUGGGCCACCCGGCGCACCACGCACCCGCCUGCGCCGCCGCCACCUACAGCGUCAGCGACCCCCGGAGGUUUCACUGCCUCGGCGUGGGAGGGUCCGAGUCCAGCCAAAUCCAGAACGGGAAGAGGAUGAGGACAGCUUUUACCAGCACCCAGCUCCUGGAGCUGGAGCGGGAAUUCUCCUCCAACAUGUACCUGUCCCGCCUGCGGCGGAUCGAGAUAGCCACCUACCUGAACCUGUCCGAGAAGCAGGUGAAGAUCUGGUUCCAGAACAGGAGGGUGAAGCACAAGAAAGAAGGCAAAGGCGCGCAGCGGAGCUCGCACGGAGCCUGCAAGUGCAGCGCCGGCCAGGGGCACUACCCGCGCUCGGAGGACGAAGAGUCCCUGUCCCCCGCGUCGGCCACCGAGGAUAGGGAGAUCUCGCUGCUAUAG